AUGGCGGACAUUCGACGCAUCGGACUCCUGACCAGCGGCGGCGACUGCGCCGGCCUGAACGCCGUCAUCCGGGCGGUGGUGCAGCGCGCGGUCUACGGCUACGGCUGGGACGUGGUCGGCAUCUACAAGGGCACCGCCGGCCUGCUGGCCCGCCCGGUCGAGGCGGAGGUGCUGAACCUCAAGCGCUUCACCGGCGGGCUGCUUCGCAUGGCCGGCACGGUGCUGGGCACCACCAACAAGGGCAACCCCUUCGCCUAUCCCAUGCCGGACGGCAGCAAGGUCGACCGCUCCGAGGAGAUCAUCGAGGGGGUGCGUCAGCUCGACCUGGACGCGGUGAUCGGCAUCGGCGGCGACGGCUCGCUGGCGAUCCUGCGCCGCCUCGCCCAGCAGGGCGACAUCCCGCUGGUCGCCAUUCCCAAGACGAUCGACAACGACCUGGGCGACACGGAGGUGGCGAUCGGCCAUGACACGGCGGUGGAGGUGGCGACCGAGGCGCUGGACCACCUGCAGCCCACGGCCGCCAGCCACGACCGGGUCAUGGUGCUGGAGGUGAUGGGACGCGACGCCGGCCAUAUCGCGCUGUCGGCCGGCAUCGCCGGCGGCGCCGACGUGAUCCUAAUCCCCGAGAUUCCCUACGCGAUCGACAGCAUCGCUCGGAAGAUCGACGAGCUGCGCAAGGUGGGGCGCAACUUCGCCCUGGUGGUGGUCGCCGAGGCGGUGCGCACCGAGGCCGGCGAGCCGGUCGGCGAGACCAAGCUGAGCGGCGGCGUGCAGUACGGCGGCAUCGGCCACUACAUCGGCCGGCGCAUCGCCGAGGCGACCGGUGCCGAGACGCGGGUCACCGUGCUGGGCCACCUGCAGCGCGGCGGCACGCCGACGCCGCGCGACCGCCUGAUGGCUUCCAGCUUCGGGGUGCACGCGGUCGACCUGAUCGCGGAGGGGCGCUUCGACCGGAUGGUCGCCUGGUCGGGCCGCCGGGUGAUCGACGUGCCGAUCGCGGAGGCGAUCGAGUCCUAUCACGCCGUGGCGACCGACGGCGCCCUGGACUCGCCGUUCUGGCGUUUUUCGCUGGCGGUCUACGGCCGGCCCGGCGUGCCCGAAGCCUGCCUGACCCUGCAGGACCUGCGCGGCCUCGACGUCAACCUGCUGCUGUUCGCCUGCUUCGCCGGGGGGCGCGGCGCGGUGCUGACCCCGCAACACCUGGAGAUGCUGGGCACGGCGGUCGCCGCCUGGCACGAGCAGGUGGUGCGGCCGCUGCGCGGCGCCCGGCGUUGGAUGAAGACCCGGCCGCUGGACGCGGCGCAGCGCGGCUUGCGCGAAGAGAUCAAGCGGCUGGAGCUGGAGGCCGAGCGGCUGGAGCAGGAGGCGCUCUGGGCGGCCCUGCCGCUGCCGGCCGGCGCGCCCGACCGCCGCGCCGUCGCCCAACCCUGA